UUACUUUCAAAGAGAAUCGAGAUGCAUCCUUAUCUUCUUUUUUCCUUUCUCUUCUUUCUCCGCAUCAAAAUCUGCUUAGCAGAUUCCGAUAACAUCCAGGACGUCUGUCCUACUGAUAUGGAGGCUAAGGAAACCAUCUUCAUCAACGGAUACCCUUGCAAGAGUCCAUCCAACAUCUCUGCCUCAGAUUUCAAAACUACCCAAGUGAACCACCCCGGUGACACGGACAACUUCUUUCGUUCCUCGAUGAACAUUGUUACUGCCGCGGAUUUCCCUGGCCUGAACACUCUUGGCCUCUCAGUUUCCAGGAUUGACCUCGACGUGGACGGUCUAAUAUUGCUUCAUUCCCACCCAAGGGCCUCGGAAGUGUUGUUUGUUUUCAAAGGUGUGAUCACUGCUGGUUUCCUUGACACACAAAACCAACUGUUCCAAAGGAACCUUCAAGAGGGUGAUGUGUUUGUGUUUCCCCAGGGCCUGCUCCACUUCUGCCUUAAUGCUGGUUAUGAGCCUGCUGUUACAUUUUCAGUGUUUAAUAGCCAGAAUCCAGGCUUGGUGUCCAUCGCUGGUGCCAUGUUUGAACCUGAAGAACAUGAUAUAAAGAAAAUGAUAAAGCGGAUUACAUCUCUUUCUGCAUCGAAAACCGAUCGCGGGGGAGAUGUAACUCAAGAUACUAUCCCAGAUUUUAACAGUGAGCUUUGAUAACAUUGGGAGCAGCAUGUUAUGUUUGUCCUUUGGAGUUUGGACUGGGUUUGUAUAUAUGGGAAGCAGAAAUUCUGCAAUUAUUUUUUACUUUCGAUGUUUUCCUUUCUUUGGUUUGAAUGCUAUUCAAAUUUGUUCACAACAUACAUAUAUGCAUUCAUAUUAGAAUGAACUUUUUAGACUUUGAUUCAA